GCUUUCUGCAUGAGCGAGUGCAGGAAGGAGAAGGAGGAGAGGGAGUAUUACUGCUACAGUGAGUUUGCUGUAAACGGGAUAGUUCACGAUAUUGAUGUGGUGCGUAAAGGAAUACGUCUCAUUACAUUGAUGGUGAGCAGCGACGGUUUCUACAAGAUGAGUCGUCUCUACGUGACCCCAGACAGCUUUUUCUUCAAAGUUCGCCUUCUGGUCCUGGACACCUACAAGUGCAGCAAGCCCUGCCCCGACAUCAAACUCGGGACCAGAUACAUCAUAAUGGGACAGAUCUACCACCGGAGGCGCCACCUCCCCACUGACCUCCUGAACCUACUGGGGGGUAAACUGAAACCCGGAGACGGACUCCUGCGGAGCAACAACUAUGUCAAGAGAUUCAACAAACGGAGGCACCAGAAAGCCCUGGAGGCCACCCGCUCCAGGUGUAGGUGAACCAAAGAUAAGACUAUCGGCCCCUGCUGCAGGGGAAGAGACAUUGCAGCUUAUUUGAACUGAUCAUAACUAAUAACCCCUCAGUGUUGUGCAAGACGGAAGAGAUUUUGCAGAGGGCAUGGAUUUAUUUUCAUAUGGACUGCUAUGAUGUAUCCUUAUCCUGGUUUAUCUUUUUUACUCCUCCGUAAAGUUCCUCAAGUACUGACUUGUGGUGUCUUUGAUAGAAACACAAGCAGCUUCAAUUAAAUGGAUUUUUCAAGAUCAGUUUUUAACAUCUGGGAAAUCAAACCUAUCCGUUAAUAUUUUUCAUAAAACAGCAACUUCACUCAAACUCCUCAUUCAUUCAUGGCUGGUUCAUGAAGUCCCAAAAUUGCUGAUCUAAAGAACAUAGAUUUGAACUCAGAGUAUGCCUUCGACAUGCUUUUCAUAGGGAAGAUAAGAAGUCAAUUUUGGGGCACUUUUGGUAUUUUUUAACAGGUUUAAACAGACAGUAUUAGAGCUGACAGGACACUAGGAGACAAAGAUGACACAAAAGUAUCCAAUUGGACUUGAAUCAGGCAUGUUGCAGUUCAUUUGGGGCUCUUAACCCUUAAGCCACUCGGAUGCCCAAAAAUACAUCAUUUUAUUAAAGGUAUCUCCUGUCACUGCUAUGCAGACGGUGUUCAAUUAUACAUCUCAAUUAAAGGACAGGUGUGUAGGAUUUAAGGGGGACUAAAAGCAGAAAUGUGUAUGGGUCUAUCUUUUUCCACACUAUAAUACAAACACAUUUAUGAACAUGCAUACAGAUAAGAUCGUUGGUUCAUUGUUUUUCUAGCUCCCAUAUUUAACCCCUUGAAACUUGGAUCGACAUCACUUUUCUUGAGCUGAACCAUGAGCAAAUUCUUUCAAAAACAUGGCAACUUGGUCAGAAAUUUCCCACAAAUUGCAAUAAAAGUAUCUUUUUAAAAGGUAGGGGAAAAUGUCUUCAAAGCUAUUGUUUAUAAUUACCAUAAACUAAUUAUUUUUACAGAAUUAUUAUUAUUUUAAGCACCCUUCUUCAGGUCAUUCCCCUCUUUUAAACUUUGCCAUGUUGUUUGUUUGCUUGUUUUUUGUUUUCAAGUAGCUUUCAUGUACUUUUUACAAAUUUCUGGCUAAUUUCUGUUUUUGAAAGAAAUCAAGUUGCCCAGGUUUAACAACACUUUUUCAUCAACGAUAUGGAAGAGAGAUUUAUUUUCCAGACAAGCACACUUGCUUUUCAAAAUAAUAUCAAUUGCUCAGUACUUUGAAUCUCAUUGUAAAAAUCCAAUAUUUAAUCAUUUUGGAAACUGAUAUGGGAGCGAAAUGUUGUACUGCACAAAGAAGUAUUGUUUUGUAACUCUUGAUCCCGUGCAUGUUGUCGCUGUGGUUGUUAUUUGUAAGCAGGAAAUGCACUAUUAUUGUUACAAGGACCAAAGGGAGGGAAUGAAGGGCCUGAAAAAGCAGCAACAAACCUCAGAGGAGGACGAGGAGGAGGGAGAAGAGGGGAGAGGGAGAGCACAGGACCUUUGCUUGUCAUGAGAGCGGCUUAUUUUUCUAACUUUAAUUAUAUGUCAACGAUGAAAUAUCUGCCCGAGUAGACUGGGACAUCAAAAGGGGCCUUGCUGAAUGAGGAGGGGUGUGUGUUGUUGUAGGGACUAAGCCAUAAAUCUAAUCGCAGGAAUCUGAUCCUCUCUGCACCUGGACACAUGACUUGGAGAGAAAAAAGUGCCUCCGUCACAGCUCCUCUUUGGGAAAGCUCUUGUUUUCUUGCUUACACACAAACAUGUCCUCGUCUAGAAGGGCCAAAACUUAAAAAGGGACAUUUUGGAGGAUGAGAGAGACAAGGUGGAGGAGAAACAAAGAAGGUUAUGUAAAAUGACAGGAAGAGGGUGUUAGGUCUGUGUUUCUGAAGGGAUAGCUUCUUAUUUAAUCAGAAAUCCCUGGCUUGAUUGUAGUACGACCCUGAGCUCAUGCUUCUUAUCAAAGGGAAAACUUGCACUGAAUGCUUACAUUGCUUUACCAUAC